AUGAACAUCUUGGAGAAGAUGAACCUCACAGAAUCGUCUAAGCCAGGAAAGACUCAAGUCCCAGGCAAAAAGGAGGGAGAAAGAAAUAUGAUGGAGACUGUUUCUUCCCUCUGGAAGAAUAAAUUUUGGCCAGAAGACAGUGACAAUUUCCACUACAACGUCAUCCAGAGGAGCCAAAAGUUCAUACCGUUCCUUAAUCUCAAAACGCCUAAAGAGCCAAUGCCACACACGGUGGUGCUGCAGGGAUCUGCUGGUGUCGGGAAAACCACACUGGCCAAGAAGUUGAUGCUGGACUGGACAGAGGACACGCUCAACCAGACAUUCAGAUAUGCCUUCUAUCUCUGCUGCAAAGAACUCAACCGUAUGGGGACGUGCACUUUUGCUGAGCUGAUUGCCAAGGAUUGGCCUGAACUGCAAGAUGCUAUUCCAGAGAUCCUAGCCCAGCCACAGAAAAUCCUGUUCAUCAUUGAUGGCUUUGAUGAGCUGAGAUUCCCUGCUGGGGCACUUAUUCAUGAUAUAUGUGGCGACUGGAAGAAACAGAAACCGGUGCCCGUCCUCUUGGGUAGUUUGCUAAAGAGGAAAAUAUUCCACAAUGCAACGCUACUGAUCACUACGCGGCCCUGGGCUCUGAGAGAUCUCCGGCUCCUGGUUGAACAGCCGUUCAUCGUAGAGAUCGAGGGGUUCUUAGAGUCAGACAGGAAAGAGUAUUUCUUGCAACACUUCAAAGACGAGGAUCAGGCCCUGCGAGCGUUCAACAUGAUGAGGAGCAACGCAGCCUUGUUCAGCAUGAGCUCAGCUCCCCUGGUGUGCUGGAUCAUCUGCUCUUGUCUGAAACUGCAGAUGGAGAGGGGGGAGGACCCCACCCCGACCUGCCAGACCACCACGUCGCUGUACCUGCGUUUCCUCUGCAGCCGGUUCACACCUGCACCUGCCCCCUGCCCCCGUCGGUACCUCCAAGCCCCAGUGAAGGCUCUGUGCCUCCUGGCUGCACAGGGCAUUUGGACACAGGCAUCAGUGUUUGACAGAGAAGACCUCAGGAGGCUUGGGGUGGGGGAGCGUGAUCUCGGUCCCUUCCUGGGCAAGGAUAUCCUUCAGAGGGACAAAGACUGUGAGGGCUGCUACUGCUUCAUCCACCUCAGUGUCCAGCAGUUUCUUGCUGCCAUGUUCUAUGUUCUGGAGAGCGAGGAGGAAGAAGAUGGGGAGAGCUGCAAGAGGGAUAUUGGGGAUGUGGAGAAACUGCUCUCCAAGGAAGAAAGAUUAAAGAACCCCAGCCUGACCCAAGUGGGAUAUUUCUUGUUUGGCCUCUUGAAUGAAGAGAGAGUCAAGGAGCUGGAGACAACUUUCAACUGUCAGAUGUCAAUGGAGGUCAAACAGGAAUUGCUGAAAUGCAAAGCAAAGUCCGAUGAGAAUAAGCCCUUCUCGUCAAUGAUGGGCACAAAGGAACUAUUUUACUGUCUCUAUGAAUCCCAGGAACGAGAAUUUGUGAAGGACGUCGUGGGCCACUUUAAGGAAAUGUCCGUUCACUUGACAAACACAUUUGAAAUGAUGUAUUCUUCGUUCUGCCUCAAGCUCUGUCAAAAUUUACAGAAUAUCUCACUGCAGGUGGGAAAGGGGAUAUUUCUGGAAAAUGAUUCUGCAUCGGAAUUACAUUCUCAGGUUGAGAGGUCCCAAAAUGAUCAUCACUGUCUUUGUAUCUGGAUGGAUCUCUGCUCUGUGUUUAGCUCAAACGAGAACCUGAGCUUUCUGGAAGUAAGUCACAGCUUCCUCAGUGACUCCUCGGUGAGGAUACUUUGUGCUCAGAUCACCCGUGGCACCUGUAAUCUCCGGAGAGUGGUGAUUAAAAAUGUUUCCCCUGCCGAUGCUUAUCGAGACUUCUGUCUGGCCUUUGUUGCUAAGAAGACCCUGACUCACCUGAUCCUGGAAGGCUGCACCCAGAGCGAUAUGCUGCAGCUGCUGUGCGAGACCCUGAAACACCCCAAGUGUCACCUGCAGUGUCUAAGGCUGGACUCGUGUUCAGCCACCACUCGGCAAUGGGCAGAUUUCUCCUUGACCCUCAAAACCAACCACUCCCUGACAUGCCUGAACCUCACGUCCAGCAAGCUCUUGGAUGAGGGCGUGAAGUUGCUGUGUACAACCCUGAUCCACCCAGAGAGCUCCCUGCAGCGGCUGUCGUUGGAAGACUGUCAUCUCACACAAGCCUGCUGCAAGGAUCUCGCUGCUGCUCUGAUUGUCAACCAGCGGCUGACACACCUGUGCUUGGCCAGGAAUGACCUCGGGGAUGGAGGGGUGAAAAUUCUGUGUGAGGGCUUGGGUUACCCCGACUGCAAGCUCCAGAACCUGGUGCUGUGGUGCUGCAGCGUAACGGAAGUUGGAUGUAACCAUCUCUCAAAGUUUCUCCAACAAAAGUCAAGUCUAACUCACUUGGAUCUGGGGCUGAAUCAUAUUGGAAUUACUGGACUCAAGUCUCUGUGUAAGGCUUUGAAGGACCCUCUAUGUAACCUGAAAUGUCUAUGGCUGUGUGGAUGUUCCCUCAAUCCCUUCAGUUGCGCUGAACUCUCCUCAGCUCUCAGCACCAACAGGAGCCUGAUCAGUCUGGAUCUGGGUCAGAACACCUUGGGGCACAGUGGACUGAAGAUGCUGUGCGAGGCCUUGAGGCUUCCAGCUUGCCCCCUCCGCACCCUCAGGUUGAAGAUAGACGAAUCUGAUACCGAGACCCAGAGAGUGCUGACGGAGAUGAGAGAGAGCAACCCACAACUGCGCAUCGACGGUGGAAACCCAGAUCCCCGGGAACGCAGGCCUUCCUCCCGGGACUUCCUCUUCUGA